CCUAGAUAUAAAGGUCUCGCGCACCUCCUUCUUGAAGACUCGCUGCUAAGUCUUCAAACAUGACCACGGAUCCAGUGCUCGCUCAAUGCUAUCAUCUGAAUUGGCUGCCCGGUCGUAAAAUCCAUUUCCGCGGCACGAACACAUAUUGGAGAAUUGACGAAAUCCUUACAGAGAAGAUUCGAACACAUGACGAAUCCAGAGGAACUAUUGAAGAGUUAACAGGCGUUUGCAGAGCAACCCAGAUCAAUGGUUCAGCUAAUUGGGAGGAAGCUAUCGUCAAGAUCAAGCAGCAGCUCUCCCCAUGGGAUGACGGAAGUAACGAUAUCAGCUCAGAAGCGUACCGCGAGAUCGAAAAUCUCCAAAAGCUAACAGAAAACCACUGCACAAGUACGCCUACUCUUAUCGACGCCAUCGCUUUUGAUCAAGAUCCUACGAUGUAUCUUCCAGGUGGUUAUCUCGUGUUUAUUCUUAUGGAGAAAGUCCCGGGCCAAGAUCUUGGCCAUUUCAACAGUUUACCCUCAGAACAACGAGAUGAUGCCCGACUUGCCUUUAUCAGGGCAUUAUGGGAGUUUCGCAGCCAUGGGUUAUAUCAUCAUGACCCUCGCAGACAAAAUAUUAUCUGGGAUCGAUGCUCGAAAAAAUGUUAUAUCAUUGAUCUUGAAGAUGUUGAGGAGUUUGGACUCUCUUUCUCAGGCCUUGAUCCUCUGGUGGAGUUCUCUCUAUGGACUCUACACGGAAAAGAAGAAAAGUCUCCCGAUAACCACCUUGAUGAUGACCUCAUGAUCCCACAUGAGUGUGAGGACGGGUGGAAGUUUACCUGCUUAGAAGAUUUGACCGAUUUCCUAAUUUCGAGGAUCAGAUGUUGAACGAGACUGUAUGAAUCAUUUAUUAGUUCAAGCGGUGAGCGGGGAAUCUUAGGCUCCCCUUUGCGCAAUAGAGAGUGUUUU